AUGGAGACUAUUCAAGUCGAUGUUCUCGUCUGCGGAGGAGGCAUGUCUGGAAUGGCAUGCGCUGCUUUUGCAGCGGAAGCAGGAGCCAAAGUCCUAGUGGUUGAAAAGCAAGCAGGUAUAGGUGGCUCGUCAAAUUACUCUGCAGGCAUGUUCUGGGCCCCGCAAACAUAUAGCAAGCUAAGGAAUUGGGUCCCAGAAGGAGAUCCAGAAUUGCAGAAGGCCUGGUUAAGCGAUUACUUGCCCGCUGUACAAUGGAUGCGUGAAAAUGGGGUGCCAACGGCAGACCGGUUCGACGGUAUUAUGACAAUUGGUAUUGGGUUCCCAAUUAAGAUCCCACACCUCCAUAACCUCCAUCGAAAGCGCAUUGAGUCUAGCAAGACACGUUCCGAAAUUUUCACCAACACGUCCGUGGUCAAGUUGAUUCAGAGGGAGCCCGGGGUUUCAGGAUCGAGCAUAACUGGCGCUGUCAUUUGCAGGAAUUACUCUAACUCGCCCGCUGCAUAUUACGAAGUCAGAGCGAAAAUAGUGGUUCUGGCUACAGGUGGCUUCCAAGGCUCUCCAGGGAUGACAUCAAAAUACCUGGGACAAGGCGGAGACAACAUCUUUGUGCGUUCAAAUCGUGGAUCGGUGGGCGAUGGACUCAAGCUGGCCAUCGAAUCUGGUGCGGGAACCAGUAGAGGAAUGAACACCUACUACGGUCAUCUUCUGGCAGCUCCACUUAGAGCUGAAGACGUGGAUCCGAAGGAUUAUCUUCCACUCGCGCAAUACCAAAGCAAACACUGUCUACUCUUGAACGAAGCAGGCAAGCGAUUUGCCGAUGAAACCACAGGUGACGAGAUUGUCAAUCAGUAUCUCGCCAAACAGCAAAAGCGCCGCGGGUUCAUAUUGUUCAACGAGAAAACCCGCCUCCAACACUGCGUCACUGCGCUAUUCCCUAAUGCAGGGGACAUCGAUCGUCUGCAGAAAGCCCGCGAACAUGGCUGUAAUGUUGGAAGUGCCACAGCAUUAAGUGGUCUGGUAGAUAUUCUUCACGAGUGGGGUGUGAACGAUGUACAGGCAAGGCAGACUAUCGAUAAGUAUGAUCGAGUAGUUCGUUUGGGCGACAAGAGUAUUUCCCUUGACGCCCCUGUCGGUCGUGCUGGUUCACCCCCUACACCCUUGGUGGAUGGGGAAGGUCCCUUCUAUGCCAUGGAGGUCCAGCCAUCGAUCACAUUCACCUACGGCGGUAUCGCGAUCGAUGCGAAAGCGCAUGCCUUGACCCCCGAUAAAGUCAGAAUUCCAGGCUUGCUCGUCGCAGGCGUCGAUGCUGGUGGCUUCAGUAAUCUCGGAUACGCCGGCGGGCUUGCUCUCGCGUUCGUGACAGGUCUCUGGGCGGCCCGAGAGGUUGCACGCGAUUUGGGGUUGCCUGAGCCUCGUCUACCCCCUGCCGAUGUUCGAGAUGGGGAAGAUAAACCAAUUCAGGGACGUCUUUGA